AUGGGCAAACACGCCUUUCAUUUCAAAAAGAACACCUUCAACUACGAUGAGUACAAGCGCAAGAUUCUGUGCAAGAUCUGCGGCAAGAUUUGCUCCGCCAGCAAGUACUCCAAACGCCAGCUCGAUGAGCUGCGCAAGGCGAUGGCCAGCAACCCCAGCGUCAACGGCCUCACUCGUCCUGGCUUUGCUGGAUGCCGUACGUGUAUCAGCCACCAGACCGUAGAGCUCACUUGCUGCAUUUGCGACAAGACCAAGUCCCUGGAGUACUUCAGCAAGAACCAGCGCUCUCCCCCUGACACUGCGUACAUCCAGAGAUGCACCAACUGCGUUCAAAGCCAUCUCGAUGCUGAGCCAAUCGCCGAAGUCCUCAAGGAGAUGGAAGAAGGGGAGGGUGGUUAUGACCCUGCCACCGCACCGGAGACCGAUGUGAAGGAAAUCACUCACUUCCAGAACCUCUCCGUCAACGAAAACACCCGCCCUCGCAUCCCCGUGGAACGCCAGCAGGUUGCCAAAGUCAAGCCCCGUUCUGGCAUCCCCGACUCAGAGGAUGAUGUGUCCUUUGGCGGAGUCUGGGUUGAGCAGCAGCGUGAUGGCAAUGGCAACAGCACCGCUCAAGACGGUGCCAAAAAGGGGGGCGAAUUAACAGCCUCUAACAACAAGGGGGCCGGUCAAUCUCGCAAGACCGCCCGCAAGACCGCCACGCCUGCAGAAAAUUCUGCAGCAGAGAAGUCUACAGCAGAAAAGUCUACAGGAGAGAUGUCCACUCCUACCAGUGGUGUCUGGAACAUCACCACCAAGGAGAGACGUGCAGCCACGCCACGCAAACACUCGAACUUCGCAAAAGUCCCCGUAAGUAAAGGCUUGUCCUUGGCUAUCCCGCUACAUCAUACCAUGACGUACAGCGUUUUUUUAUGUUUCCUGCAAACCCUCACUAAUGAACAUCAUAUUCAGGGUGUCCGUGUUCCCAAGGACGAGGCUCCCACCCAGCGUCUGCCAGAGCCCACCGGACCAACCAUCGAUUUCGACGAUGACUCUGAUGACGAGUGUGGUAUCGAGGCCUGGAUCUGA